AUGACCUCGUCUCUCCUGCUAGCGUCUCUUGCAUCCAGUGUCCUAUUCUUGUACUGCUUGUUCCACCUCUCGCGUAAACGUCGACGUGUACCUCUCCCUCCCGGCCCCAAAGGACUCCCACUCAUAGGAAACCUCUGGGAUAUACCCACAGAGUACCCGUGGAUCACUUAUGCUCGAUGGGCUACCAUCUACGGCGACGUCUUGUAUCUAGAUACUCCCGGAAAUCCGACGGUUGUAUUGAACUCCGCCCAAGCAGCAGCAGAUCUAUUCGAAAGGCGUUCCAGAAACUAUUCCGAUAGACCAGAUUUUACCAUGGUACAGUUGUCGGGUUGGGGGGAUUUCUUAACCUUCAUGAGAUAUUCAAACCGGUGGAGAAAGCAUCGCCGAAUGUUUCACGAAUACUUCCAGCUCCGUGCAGUUCCGGCGUACUAUCCUGUACAGAUGGAGGCGACGUUGACCUUGCUACACCAGUUGCAUGAAUAUCCCGAUGCGUUUUCUCACCAUGUUCGCCAUCAUGCCGGCUCCAUCAUUAUGAAAACCAUCUACGGAUAUCAUGUGGAUCCAAAUGGCGAUCAAUUUGUGGGGUUGGUGGAUCGGGCUAUGGAAAGUCUUCGCAUCAGUGGAAACGUAGGAACUUUUCUCGUUGACUACAUCCCCAGUUUGAAAUACCUUCCGCGAUGGUUUCCCGGUACAAAGUUCAUGAACCUUGCGGACGCCUGGAGACAAGAUGUCGAGGACAUGAAAAAAGGUCCUUUUAAAUAUGCCUUAGAUUCAUUGGCCAGUGGCGUGACGUCGCCUUCCUUCGUCUCUGAAAAUUUAACAAAGAUGAAAAAUAUUGGCGUCCCCGAGAAAGCGACACACCUUGAAGUCAUCCAGAAUACCGCUGCGGUAGCCUUUGCCGGUUGCCGCCCAUUGUGCCCUACUGUGUCGGCUGUUCUUUCUGCGAUACUGGCUUUUCUUCUUUACCCCGAGGUACAAGCUAAAGCCCAAGCCGAAUUGGACGCUGUGGUCGGUCCCCUCAGACUACCAAAUUUCGAUGACCGCCCGCAGCUGCCAUAUAUUGAAGCUAUUCUAUUGGAAGCACUGAGAUGGAAUCCCGUUGUGCCAUUGGGUGCUGCUCAUCGUAGUGUGAAAGAGGAUGUGUAUAGAGGUUAUUAUAUUCCUGCCGGCGCGACCGUCAUCGGUAACGUCUGGGCCAUUCUUCAUGACGAAAAAGACUAUCCUAACCCACUGGUCUUCGAUCCCGACCGAUUCAUGCCCGGCAAUGGGAAAGAACUCCAACCUGAACCCACAGCCGCUUUUGGUUUUGGAAGACGGAUCUGUCCCGGUCGUCAUCUCGCAUUGAAUACCGCUUGGAUUGCCAUCGCAUCUAUGGCAUCGACUUUGUCGUUUACCAAAGCUGUAGACUCCGAAGGUUCUAUCGUUGAACCAAGUAAUACAUAUACAGAUGGCUUUCUGAGCUUUCCGGUGCCCUUCAAAUGCAAGAUCACGGUGCGUUCCACUCAGGCGAAAGCGUUGAUAGAUUCGAAACAGGAGUAA